CAAUUUGAGAAAAGUAAAAUAUUGCAAGCACAGCGUCAGAUAUUUGAAGACAGUAAAGAUAAAGAAGAAUUCUUUGGUAAAAUGUUCGGGACCGCUAAAGACGUCACAACGAAAGAUUAUCAACAAAUAUUUGCCGAGACUGGAAUAGAUUUAGAUGAUAGGAUGGCCCAUUUUAAUGCUAAAGGCAAAUCAAUGGAAGAGGAAAUAGCUCAAUAUGUCAACUUUACUAAAAUUAUUCCUGGAUUUAAAAGUCUGAAUCCAAAAGAUGUGUCCAACUUGUUAAAAGCGUCUCAUUGCGAGUUCUGGUUGCUUGGUAACUACAUGCUAUUUAACAACGAACUGGGAACAGCAAUAAGUUGGAACGGGACAUUUAACACAACGAUGAAAACGAUAGAAAAGUUUUGGUCUCCUGAAUGGGUGAAAUUAGUUUUCAAGUUAGCGGACAUGAUACAGAAGUUAGAGUUAUCUUUAGAGGAGAUUGUGUUAAUCAGAGUUAUCAUUCUUACAUAUACAGAUCGUUGCAAAUUAAAAGACAGAGAAAAGAUUCAAAUAUUACAAGAGACAUUUCUGGAUUGUCUAAAUUAUCAGUUGAUGAAAUCUCACAAAGACUAUAACCGCUAUGUUUAUAAAAUAUUUGACAUUUUACUAAGACUUCGAGAUUUAACUGAGCUUAAUUUUAAAGUUAAUCAAAAGUUUUUACAGGAAUGGGGAUUUGCUAUACACGAGUUUCCUUUGUGGAAAGAAAUUGUGUCUUAUGAAAAUGAUGUUUAGACGUGUUUGUUUUUCUUAAUGCUUUGCCUGAGAAAUUUAAGUUGUAAACUAUUAAAAACUAUUAUACCUUUGAAAUGACAUAUUGAAAUGAUGGGUUUUUA